AUGGAAGAUGGAGAGAUUCCAAAUGAUAAAGUUACUGCUUCUUCUGAACAAAACGCCAACACACCAGCCAAGAAUGGUCGACUGAACUACACAUCAGGAUCAUCAUGGUGUGCAGGAACAGGUGACACUAACCCAUAUCUACAGAUUGAUCUUCAGACAAUUCAUAUUAUCUGUGCUGUGUCCACUCAAGGGAAUUCCAAAGCAGAUCAGUGGGUGAAGGACUACAAACUACAGUUAUCCACAGAUGGGACAUGUUGGAGAGACUACAUGGAAGGUGGACAAGUUAAGGUAUAGGCAUAAACUGUAAGACUUGGCAGCUCAAAGAAAUUAUUUAAAAUAUGAUAUAAUAGACUAUACGGGCAGAUGAACAAUAUUGUAUAGGUUUGAUGAUAUCAAAAGUCCCAGCCUUAAAAAAGGUGGUAAUUAAAAUUAUUAUUUUAGCAAUCUAUGUAUGGUAUAUAUUAAGUUCAUAUUCCGAGGGAAUAACUUAAUUAGCCCCUGGCCUUCGUGCUGAACCUGGCUAGCUUUUGACUGACAUUUAUUUGUCAUAUGACCACUUCCUUCAAGUUGUUUCUUUACCCUCUCUCCCACCCUGGGGGCUUUCCUUGAGUACUCAGAGGCUCCUAAAGCUUGUUUUCUCAUUUAAGGGGCCCAAGCAGAUUAUCUAUCUCUUUUGGUCACUCUUUUGUGCCAGAAGGGUUUGGUGAGGGGGUUAUUUGGUUUUAGUACCCAUGCCUUUUUUCAUCUUUGGAAAAAGUUUAUUAUUAUGUUGAGGUAUGACUGUAUAUUUCUCUCACAGGUUUUGAGGGGAAAUAGUGACAGAGACACAACUGUUAAACAUGUAAUUUAUGGAGUGUCAACAAGAUAUCUUCGAUUCCUGCCACAAACUCAGCAGGGUGGGGUGUGCAUGAGAACAGAGGUGUUUGGAGUGCAACAAAAACGAGGUGAGUUUAAAACUUAAUAUAUGGCUAAGUAUUGUCCUGUGUUGUAAUGCAUGUUUUGUUCGUGCAUUGCAUUGCAUUGCAAGAUCAGUAUGCACAUUAUCCAUACUGUUCUCUAUGCAUUUCUGAGGUGCUGACAUGUAGAGUUUGUCUAACAAUCAAGAGCUUCUUUAGUUGGUGAUCAUUUCCUUUGUUCUCAUGACUUUAAUGUUUGAUUCAGGGGUGAUACUAUAAGGAGAAAUGCAAUGCUAGUCUCUCUUAGAGAGGCAAAGGGUUAAAAAUGCUCAAGGUUCUGUUUAGUAUGUAACUCUUCUUUUUAUUUUAUAAGUUAUUUAUAAAUUGAACAACAUAUAUGUGAGUGGAGGAAUAAGUGAUUGUUUUCAUAUUAUAACUUAGAGAAAUAAUUAAUUUAGGGUAAGAUCCUACAGGUCCGUAAAAAAUUACUUAAUUAAUUAUUAAAUAAUAAUUGAUAUAUAAAUGAUGACAAGAUCGAUGCCGUGUUAAUCCAUUUUACAAUAAUUGGUUCGAUAGAACAGGCAAAAUACACAAUGGUGUUAGUGUAAUACAGGUCAAAAUUCUAGUGGGGAGUGCAGUGACAAGUUGUGAAUGUUAAUUGAUCUAAACUUUGGUUUGUUUACAACAUUGAAGCUCAAAUAUUUGAGCAACAAUGUUCAAUGCAAAUCGGGCCUGCUGGGUACCUUUAGUGAAGUUGUGUCAUGUGCUGGCAGUUUAUACACAUUCGCUGCUGGUGCCUCGUCUUCUAGAAUCUUAACCUCUACAAAGCAACAAGAAUAAUGGACUGGAAAAAACAAACUUUUGUGUAAAACAUGUAAUUUUUAUGUUAUAAAGAACAACUAAAUAGAUUUAGUUAAGCUGUUUCCAUCUUUAACAAAUGCCUAGUAAACAAGUAAUUAGUGCAAUUGUCAAAUAAUGCCACAAGUUUUAUGUUUAAAAAUAGAAACAAACUACUUUAAAAAAUAAUAUACAAUCAUUUGUUUCACAAAGUAGUCACUUUGGAUGCGCAUUGUAAUUUUUCAACUGCAUACAGUCUUCUUCAGAUGAUAAGGUAGACUGAGUAUCUGGUCAUUAGAAACUUUCUGCUCAGGUGUAAUUGGAUAGAAUCUCACGCCUUGAUUGGCGCAUUUUGUCGAAAUAUUCCCUCAGUGGUCGGCUGUCAUGGCUCUCUUGCUGUUGUGUGUCUUGAUUGUUGGCAUCCCAGCUUCUAGGAUUUUUCUAUUCCACUGUCCCUGUUGAUUUUCUUAUGUCCUAUGUUGACUUAUAGGACAUUUUUAAGACGCAAAAUAAUAGUUCCAUAAUUAAUCCCUUAAUAGACUAUUUUCCCAUACACACUAACAAAACUUUUUGUGUGUGUACAUGUAGGUCAUUCAAUUAAUAAAAGCAAGGUAUUUAGAGGUAAACCACAGCCUCCCUUUAGAGGCAACCAUGAACAUAAAGCAAUAACCUUUAAUUAAGUUGAGGUGAAUUGAUUCACAAAGGUUACAUAUGAUUGAUCACUUGAAUUGUCUUGUAUGGUUUCUGUCAAAAUGUGAAAGCUGCAUGUUUUUAAAUUAUUAUCUUGCAGUUUGUGAAAUGGAGGCCAUUGGUCUGGCCACUGGUGGUGCAAUUCCUGAUAGCAGCUUCACAGCCCCAUCUUAUUAUGAUAAUAGAUAUAAAGCUUCUUAUGGUCGACUGAAUGAAAAUAAUCGCGGUUGGGCGCCCAAGACUACGACCAAUCCUGCUGACUUCUUACAAGUUGACCUGCUGUAUGAGUACAUUAUCUGUUCUGUAGCUACCCAAGGAGCUAAUGGUAUCAAGGAGUGGACAACAAAAUACAAGAUCCAGUUAUCAUUGGAUGGAUUCACGUUUUUCACCUAUAAAGAAAACAAUAUUGCCAAGGUAGGGGGCACGGUUAUCCCCCCCCCUCCCAGGAAUAUCAAACAGCAUCAAGUAGUUGUCAUUAAGUACAAGUCAUCCUGACCAAGUCGCAUUGACCAUUACAUCCUCGUUCAUCAAUGCAACUUGCCUCUUUCUUCUUUCAAAAAUCCAUGAGAUAUUUAAGAACAUUAGACAACUAGGAAUAUUACAGACGGUUUAUUACAGAGGAAUAGCCAUUUUUUCUUAGAGCAUUUGUUGCAUUCUCUUACAAGCUACAUGUACCUCUCCCUUGAGUUGUUUCACUAGAAAUGUUAUUUCAACUUCUAAUAUACGAACAUUUAAACAUUUGUUUGGUAGAUUUUUACCGAAAGGAACAAUAAGUCUUUUAAUUGUGGUAAACAUUAUCUACCCAUAUCGAAGGAGAAGAUUGUAGAAUAGCUGAUACAUAUGGUAACUAAUGAUACAAUUAUUUUACAUUUAUGCAACAAACUACAGGUUUUUACUGGAAACUCAAACCAAAAUGGCAUCAUAAAAAACAAUCUACAGGAAUUUGCAAGCGCAAAGUUUAUCCGCUUCUGGCCAACAGCCUAUAGUGGUUGGAAGGCUCUGAGGGUGGAAGUUUAUGGAAUAAUUCCAACUAAAGGUAGUUUUUGCUUUCAUUUUUUUUUCUCAUCCUGAGACAAAAUUGAAGUCACAAUAACUAAUAAUUUGUGAAAGGCAAAGGAGCUAAGGGGCUAAAGGCAAAAGCUACAUGUAAAGAGAAAGUUUAAUAUUCUCCAAAAGUGAUUAAACCUUGGUUGAGUGAGAACGGUUUCAAAAUAGUUUUGAGCUGACCAUUUGAGAAUUUGUUUGGUAGAUUUUUACCGAAAGGAAAACAUAACACAGCAUAACGUUUCAUUCAAGAUACAAUAAUAAUAAAAAAGAUAAAUAAAAUUCAUCUUGAAAACAAAGAAACAGGGGUUGGCCCAAUGACGUUGCACCUUAAAAAGAAGAGGAUUAGAAUUUAAAAUAUUUAUUUAUUUAUUAUAUAUUUAUUUAUUUUGCGAAAUAAAUAUUCACAAUAAAGUUACCAAGUUAAAAAGACGCUUAAGUCCUUCCUUAACUUUAUAAAAAUAUCGGCCUCAACCACAAAUUGCGGAAGACUGUUUCUUUCUUGUAAUUUAGUAUUAUCAACUGAGUUGAUAACGUAAACUGGCCACUGUAAAGAGUUUCAAAGCUGACGUGUCGAGCGUUAGCCCUUCGUCAGUCGCUCAGACAAAGGGCUAACGCUUACGUUGUUUUAAUGAUGUGUUUAAAAGUGUGAAGGAUGAUUUAAAAUUAUCUUUCAGAUUGUACAACAGAGGCCAUUGGUCUGGCCAAUAGUGGUAUAAUCCCUGACUUCAGCUUCACAGCCUCAUCAUAUUAUGAUAAUAGAUAUAAACCUUCUUAUGGUCGACUGAAUGGAAAUAAUCGGGGUUGGGCACCCAGGAAUACAACCAAUCCUGCUGACUUCUUACAAAUUGACCUGCUGCACAAGUAUGCUAUUUGUGCUGUUGCUACUCAAGGAGCUAAUGGUAUCAAUGAGUGGACAACAGACUAUAAGAUUCAGUUAUCAUUGGAUGGUACCACGUUUUUCACCUAUAAAGAAAACAGUAGUGUCAAGGUAGGUUUACAUAAAGAUCAUGCAUAAGUUUGUACAUAUUUUUAAAAAGUUAGAAUAAUCACUUGGAAGACACAAUCAAAUUUUUGAGUCAAGAUGUGCGACAAGAAAGAGGUGUUCAUUUUGUCAACAUUCAGGUUCACUUCUUUUUCAAGGGAACUACAAACUGAUACUUAGAACAUGCAUCGUUUUGUCUUUUAAAAAUAAAAAUAUAAUGGAUGGUACCUAUAAGUACAUAAAAUACGUUGUAACCAUUUUUAAGUUGUUAAUAAGUCCAAUAAUGAUAAGACUUCUGGACUUAUAAACCGGUCUUUCAAUCGCAUUAAAUUUCAGAGACGUACUUGUUCAGAAAAACAUGGUCUGGGGUUCAUUCGUUUAGCUAUUGCCAAUUCAAAGUCGUUGUUCAUGGAGUACCUAAUAAUUGUUGUAGUUUAUGAUGCAGUAUAUCAAUUACGGAAAUUUGAUACAAUGUUGCAUUUUUACAAUAAACUGCAGGUCUUUCUUGGAAACGUAGAUCAAAACAACAUCACAAAAAACAGUCUAAAGGAAUUUUCAAGUGCAAAGUUUAUCCGUUUUCAGCCGACAGCAUAUAAUAGUUGGAAGGCUCUGAGAGUGGAAGUUUACGGAAUAGUUCCAACUAAAGGUAAAUUUUUGCUUUCAUUUUUGUCUCCCUCUGAGACAACAUUGAGUUCACAAUAACUUAUUAUCUAUGGAAGCAAAGACUGGGUAAUUAUACAGUGCUACGAGGGCAAGUUUAAUGUUCCCAAAUAUUGCUUGCGCCUUGGCUGAGUGAGAAUGGUAUUGAAAUAAUUUUAAAGUUGACCAUUGGAGAGUUUGAUAAUCAACACCCUAUACUCUCUGUUGAACCGUAGAUAUCACAUAUCCACGAUAAUUAUAGAACUAAAAAUCAGAGACUUCGUUGAUCAAUGCUUUCAUUUGGUGCAAUGCUCUUAUGAUGUGAUCCUGUGCGCAUUCUGUUCCCUUAAGGUUAAGCAAUUGAACAAAAUGCGUAAUAUAUUCCAAUUCACCCACAGAAAUUUGCAUCACCAUUGCAUUUCUUGAUGGGCAACAUGACCUAACGAUGUGCUUCUAAAUCACAGUGUAAAAACAUGGAAUUUAGGACAUGGGCUGCAGUGUUACCUGUACACACGCAAGCUCACUUAGUCGAAGAAAUUUUUGAUGAAAUUUAAUGAGCUGCCCAUUUGUUUUCCUAUUGCCGGUAAAAGUAUGGUCACGUUCGGCAUCUAUGAAAUUGCAUAAGGAUUCAAGUUCCAUGCUUAGCUUCCGAGUGCAUGCUGUGCCCUGCACAAAUAUAUUUAAAUGUUCAUUUGUUUCAGCAAUACUGUUUAGUCUCACCUCAUAAGAAUAUUCCACUAAAAAAAAAGGUGAAACCUUGAAAUUAACAGCUAACAGACUUUUGGUUUUGCACGGGAAAGAAGGGGAAAGUAAAGGUUUCGCUGACUGCAAAGUGCAGUAGAUGUAACGUUAUAAUUAUGAAUCACUUAACCAAUCAAAUCGUGGAAAUCUCUGUCCAGCUUUCGAACUGUGUUCAUAAGUAUGAAUCUUUUCUUAGGUUUGUCAACUAUUUACUAUCUUCUUUAACUAAAAAAGAGGAAAAAGAGGCUUGAUAAGCUUGAGCAUAAGUAAAUUUGUCUCAAGGAGAAGGAAAAUGUUUUGUGUGUGUGCAGCCUCUACUCAUGAAGUAGGCAACCAUUGACGUAAAACUAUAACCUUAAAUUAAGUUGAGGUGAAUUAUUCCGUAGAUGCUACAAAAGGUACUUAAUUCUUAAUUCACUUUAAUUAUUUACAUAAUUCGUGUCAAAAUGUGAAGGCUACAUGUUUUAAAUUAUUAUCUUGCAGUUUGCAAAACGGAGGCCAUUGGUCUAGCCAGUGGUGGUGCAAUUCCUGACAGCAGCUUCACAGCCUUAUCAUAUUACGAUAAUAGAUAUAAAGCUUCUUAUGGUCGACUGAAUGGGAAAAAUCGAGGUUGGGCACCUAAGACUACGACCAAUCCUGCUGACUUCUUACAAGUUGACCUGCUGUAUGAGUACGUUAUCUGUGCUGUAGCUACCCAAGGAGCGAAUGGUAUCAAUGAGUGGACAAUAAACUACAAGAUUCACCUAUCGUCGGAUGGCAUCACGUUUUUCACCUAUAAAGAAAACAAUAUUGACAAGGUAGGUUUGCGUAUUUUUGUACAUAUUGAAAAUGCCAACCAGGCACACCCAAUCAAUUGUUUUGAGUCAUAGGAGAGAAAGGUGUUCAACUUGUCAACAUUCAGAUUCAAUUCUCUUUCUAUGAACAGUUUCCAGGACUCUUUUUUUAUUGAUAUACAAGUGCACACAACACUAUCAGUGUGACAAAUUUAAUUGCGCCACCACAUGACAAAUAAUGCUUUCAAACGGAUACUUGAACAUGCAUUGUUUUUUUCCUGUAAAAACAAAAAUGUGUGGAUGGUACAUACAUGUAAAGACAAUUCACUUUCAAGAUUGUAUAGAUGUUAAGAAGUCCGAGUCAUUUGGAGUUAUUAUCCAUUACAUCUUAAUUUAACAAUGUAACUUAUCUGUUUUCUCAAAAAUGGAGGAGAAAUUUAAAAACAUUUGAUGUGGAAUAUUACCUACAGUUACGACAUGAUAUGAACACCAACUUUUCCUUGAGUGUGUGUUAGAUAAACCUCUCCCCUAAAUUUUCUCAGCAGAAAUACUAUUUCAACUUCAGAUAAACAGUCACAUACACUUUUUGUAGUAGUAUUCCAACAAAAGAGCAUUAGGCAUUAGAGACAUGUACUUAUACGGAAAGUCUUUGUUCAUUCAUUUCACUACUUCCUACACGGAAGUCAAAGUUCAUAGAAGAGCUGAUACUUUUGAUAAUGAGUGAUGCAGUAGAUUAAUUAAUAAAAUUUUCAUAUAAUGAUGUUGCAUUUUGUACAAAAAAAUACAGGUCUUUCCAGGAAACUCAAAUCAAAGAGACAUCAUAAAAAACAAUCUACAGGAAUUUGCAAGCGCAAAGUUUAUCCGUUUUCAGCCGACAGCCUAUUAUAGCUGGAAGGCUCUGAUGGUGGAAGUUUAUGGCAUUCUUUUAACUAAAGGUAUUUAUUUGCCUUUGCUGCGACGAAUUUAAGUCACAAUAACUAAUUAUUUAUGAAAGCUUAAGGAGCUAGAGAGCAAAAGACAAUGGGUAAAGAGUAUUCUCCAAUGUAGAUUAAUUGAGCCUUGACUGAGUGAGAAUGAUUGUAACAGUUUAACAGCUGACCGAUGGAGAUUUAAUUUUUAUCGAUCUUUAUAUAUCUCAUUGACUUUGCUGAGAUCCUUCAGGGUCUACUUUCACCAAACAAAGUUGUGCUAAGAUUUAAUGUUGAUCAUACUCCUUAUGAUAUGCUGGGAUUCUAAGCAUUGAAGAUUCUGGAACCCCCAAGGUGUCUAUGGGAAAAUAAUCGUCUCAUGCCGUGUGGAGCAUCUUCACACUCAGGUUAUAAAGAAUGUAUAUCUGAUGCAUAUACACAGUCCCUACUGCAGAUGACCCUCCAGACUAGAACAUCCAAUGCUUUUUCUAUGGAGGUAUAUUUACAUACACAUCAAUCGGUAAUCAGCUAAAAAUUAAAGCACACAACUGAUUUUGUUUAUUUCAGUUCCAUCACAACCUCCGGCAGACUUCAAUUUGACUGCAAGCUCCUCUACUAGCAUCAUAGCUUCCUGGCAGCUACCACCAGUACUUGCGAGACAUGGAAGAAACAUCACAGGGUUUAAAUUGUUCUAUAAAGAAAAAAGUUCAGCAGGGUUAGAAACCACCUUGCUUAUCAACAGCGAAUCAACAUUAAGUCAAAAUGUUGUGGGACUUGAUAAGUACACAGAAUAUGAAUUUCACAUCUUAGCUUUUACAUCAGAUGGGGAUGGCCCAAAGACCCCGGUCAAGGUAGAGAGAACCAAGGAAGACGGUAUGUGGUAAAUCAAGGUGAAAAGAUAUAAAAAUUGGCCAAUCACAGAACAUGAUCGCUCAUGCAAUUAAUGACAUCCUGAUGACUGAUAUAAAAAUUUGAAAUAUCCCUUUUUACGUCAUAGUGGAAGGAAGUGCAAGGUGAUAGGGAAAAUGAGCGUUAUAAUGCAUGCAAAUAGAAUUCUUCUUACCUCUCAUACUUCUUAUUUUUUUAAUAGCACCGAGCGCUCCUCUUUUGUUUGCCUAUAAGGAAGUUGCCCCGAAUAAGAUGCAUGGUCCAAGAUUAAACUUGACUUGGAGCAAGUCAGCAGAAGCUAAUGGAAUCAUUAGGAGUUACACUCUGUUCUAUGCAAACAAAGAUGGUGAAACAAAGCAAAGUGUUGGAGGAGACGCGUUCAGUUACUUGGUAGAUAUCCUGGGCGGAGUUACUUAUCAUUUCUAUAUCACAGCUGUAACUAUCAAACCGGGACAGAAUGCCACUUUUUCGGUGAAAACCAAAGAGUACGGUAUGUUCAGCGUCAGGGGAAAAGUAAUGAUUUUGUUAAUGCUCAAUACAUGAAUUUUGUCAGUGAUCAAGCAUCAUGGUGGAAUCUUGUAUAGAAAGAAGUUAAACAUAAUAUCUGGACUGUCGAAAAUUGAAAGAUUUGUGAAAUGAAAUUAAACUACCGAGACUGUUCAAAUUGUUCUGGCUUUAGCAAUGCCAGAAGGACCCUGUGUGAAAUAUUGGGAGAAAGAUAAAACAUUUUAAGCUUGUACAUUGGUUUGCUUGUAGGCUUGUACAUUGGUUGUACAUUGGUUGAAGAACGAUUUGAAGCGUUUUCAUGCGCGCUAAAGUAAACAAUGAUCCGUUUGUUCACCGAUACUGGAGUACUAGCUCAUUUUCCAUUCUGGAUUCAAUCUGUACUUGGAAGCUUAUUGAGGCUUUUUUCUCUCUCUUUACUAGAGCCCAGCCGUGGACCAGAAAACGUAUUGUCUAUCGAAAUUGAGCGUACAGUAUAUCAGUUAUCCUGGAAUGGUUUGCCCAGAGAGGUUGCAAAUGGGUUCAUUAAAAUAUAUCAAGUGAGACUUCUGUUGAAGGAAAGUUGCUUCUCGGUUGACGCUUCGUUUAAUUCGACAUUCAACACAACUAAAACUGAGAUGCUGUUGUCCAGUCUCUCAAUCUGCUCAAGGUAUGAAGUGUCGGUUAGAGCCUUCACUGCGGCGGGACCCGGACCUUACAGCGAGCCUUUAGUGAUUCAGACUUUAGGUUAGUUAAAGACGC